GCGCAUUCUUUCACUGUCUCAAAUGUGGUUUUGAGCUUUUGAAGGUGCUCAAUCGGGAAUUUUAGUAAAAGGUGAAGAUGGCCAGCUUGUCUAACUAUGCCCUGCGCAUGGCUCGCCUGAGCGCCCGAAUCUUUGGAGAUGUGGCACGUCACACAGACCCCAAGUCCAUGAAAGUGGUAGAACUUUUUAAAGAGCCCCCUGUGGCUCAGAAAAAAGAAGUGUAUGAUUGGUACCCCCCACACAAGAUCUACUAUUCCAUGACACAGAAGCUCAGAUACAUGGGACUCUUCAGAGAUGAGCACCAGGAUUUCAAGGAGGAAAUGAGGCGCUUGAGAAAACUGAGAGGAAAGGGAAAACCAAAGAAGGGAGAGGGGAAGAGAGCCACAAAGAAGAAGUAGACCAGAACAUUCUGUGUUGGGCAGCUCUUAUUGAACAGACACUUGAAAUCUGAUGAAGAGACUCUGUACAUGAACUAUAAACCUGCGUUGACAACAGGACAAUCUUUGUUACUAUGGUGACACCGUAUUGGCAGACCUGGACUCACUUGAUGUCAGAGAUUAAAUGUAAAACAUAAACUUAAUUUAUACUGCAAUACUUUAGUGUUUAAAAAAUGUUAACUUUUCUUUUCAUCGUGCCAUUCUUCUGCAAGCUGUGUUCACCAUUGUACUAUUGAUAAAUCUUGGGACGUCCUCAGAUUUACUUCAUCAGCAGUCUGUUUUCCUAAAAUAACACUUGAUUAAAUUCAGAAAGAAUUAAGUGUGCAAGCAUCCAUAAAUGCUUAGAGCACAAAAAUAGGUUGUUUAUUUGGUGCUUUGUUAAAAUUACAUUAUACAGUGUAUAUGGGUUUGAAAGGAUAUACUGCUACAAAAUAUAUAUACAUUAUAGAAUAGAAUAUUCAUUGGUUCCCACUGUUAAAUGAGUGCACACAAAUUGAUAGUGUAAUUUGUUUUUACAAAUUGUGGGAUGGAGUAUAAUUAUUUCUAAUGGUGAUCGACAGCAUGUCACAGAGUUGAACUUAACCAUGAACACUUGCAUAUUAGUUUCAUACAUUUUAAACAUGACUGACUGACUUUGUGGCUUGUUAAUAAAUAGACAGGUAUGCUUUGUGCCACAA